UAAUAACAAAAAUCGGAUUUUGUUUCGGAUCUAAUUUUCUUUUCCUUCAUUUUUCUUCUUCUUUCUCGGAUGCUUUUUCAAUUUAUUUUUUCUUCAAAAUUAAAUUCUAUAUAAAUUCCGAAAGCUAAACCAGACAUUCUGCAAAAAAAACUGCUUUGUAUCGUUCUCUCUCUCUCUCUCUCUCUUCACCAUAUCCAUUUUCUCAGCUACUUUCUUCCCAUCAAUUGAUUGCCAUUUGACUCUCCCUCUCUCUCUAGCCUGCAACUGAAGAACUUGUAACCUUACUGGUUCUUUAAUUUCAGGCUCAUUAUAUACAUAUAUAUGCGAUAUAUACAUGCUUGUGUAUAUGUAGAUAUAUAUAUGUAUGAUCAAUUUAGAGAGACGUAGCAAUUCCGCGAAGAAAAAAAUCGUUCAAAAAUGGCGUAUCUAGAUCAUGCUGAUGGCAUCGAUACAGAUAAAUUGAGCUACGAAAUUUUCUCAAUUUUAGAGAGCAAAUUCCUUUUCGGCUACGAUGAUCCCAAGCUCUGGGUGCCGAAGCAGAUUCCGGAGCCUAAAAACGGCGUCAUCCCCAUCGGCGAGGCGGAAAUCCACGCGAUCAAGAACCAGAGGGGGAAAAUCUGCAUUCUGAGCGUCGACGGCGGCGGCGGCAUGCGAGGCAUCAUUCUCGGCAAGGCGCUGUCGUAUUUGGAGGCUGCGCUGAGGAACAAGUCCGGCGAUCCGGACGCCAGAAUCGCCGAUUACUUCGACGUCGCCGCCGGCACCGGCGUGGGCGGGAUAUUCACGGCGAUGCUCUUCGCCGCUAACGAUCAGAGCCGCCCGAUUUUCUGCGCCGACGACACGUGGAGAUUCCUCGCCGCCGAGGGGAAGAAAUUCUACCGUUCGCGGCGCCAGAAAAUCGGCUUAUUAAAGCGAGUUUUCCGCCGAACCGGGUCCGCCGGUUCGGCCAACACCGGUCUGGAGAAGGCGAUGAAGGAGGCGUUCAAGGAAAAAAAGACAGGCCGGAGUUUGACGCUAAAAAAUACGCUAAAACCGGUUCUAAUCCCUUGCUACGAUUUGAACAGUGCGGCACCGUUUCUGUUCUCGAGAGCUGACGCGUUGGAGUCGGAUAGCUUCGAUUUUAAUCUGUGGGAGGUGUGUCUCGCCACGUCAGCUGAACCGGGUUUAUUCAGCCCGGUUUGCAUGGAGUCGGUAGACCGGGUAACCCGGUGCGUCGGUGUCGACGGCGGGUUGGCGAUGAGCAACCCGACGGCGGCGGCGAUAACGCACGUGCUGUAUAACAAGCAGGAGUUCCCGUUCGUGCGAGGGGUGGAGGACAUUUUGGUACUUUCGCUCGGGGCGGGCGGGCAGCUGAUGGAGGGCACCUUCGAUUACGAGCAGGUUCGGAAGUGGACGGCGGAGGAUUGGGCUCGGCCGUUGGCUCGGAUUUCCGGCGAGGGGUCGGCGGAGCUGGUCGACCACGCGGUGGCGAUGGCGUUCGGCCAAUGCCGGAGUAGUAAUUAUGUCCGGAUUCAGGCGAACGGGUCGAGUUUCAGUAGGUGUGGGCCCCACGUUGAUUCGGACCCGAGUCCGAGCAACGUAGACCUACUUACUGGAAUAGCAAAUGAAACACUGAAACAGAAGAACGUUGAGUCCGUCCUCUUCGGAGGCAAGAGGCUCGGGGAGCAGAGCAACUCCGAGAAGCUUGACUGGUUCGCCGAGCAGCUCGUCCUCGAGCACCAGAGGAGGAGCUGCCGGAUAGCUCCGACCGUCGCAUUGAAGCAACCCGUCUCGAGACCAUCUUGAUCGAUCACCACAAUAUGAUCUAAAACUAGCCUUUGGGAGCAAGAAAAAGGAAACGGAGAAAAUCAAAGAAAAAUUGGAGGAUUAUGGAAACAUAAAGUUGAAGUACAUCUCGAGAGAAUCCGUGAGCGCAAAUGGCGACGUAAUCGGAGCUCGAACGAGGGAGAACGGAGCCGACAAAGUUGGCUACACACAGGACCCCACGACCGCGGUCAAUGAGCAGUCGAGUCAAUUCGCACCAUCGGUCAGGCCACAGCCGCGGCCCCGAUUGCGGGCUCCUCCCCCUUCCCCCCUCCCCCAUGCAUGUUCCAUGCUCAUAGCAUAAUAAAAAAUGAUCUAAAUCCAACGACAAAAGAUAUGAGGGAAGCCAAAUGCUUUAAGCACAACAUCAACAAAAUUCCAAUUAAAAGUAUCGAAAGUCUUCUUGAUGUUCACUUUCAGGGCCAUAUUCUUGCCCCUAAGCGAACGGUCCAUGCAGUUCACACCUUCAGAGGCCAGGAGAAUGCAUUGAUGGAUGGAUCUACCAGAAAUAAACCCAAACUGAUUCGGAGAAACGAUGGCAGAAGCAAUUGUGUUGAGCCGAGAAGUAAGAAUCUUAGUGAUAACUUUAAGGAGAAAGUUACUCAGAACGAUAGGCCUGUAAUCCGUGAUGCUCAUAGCGUCUGUGAAGCAAUCAUAUUUCUCGUGUAUUGCACGUGAUGCAAAUGCUAAUAUUCGGAAUAUGAAAUAUGACGAGUAGUGCAAUAUUAAUUCUUUAAUGAAA